AUGCUUAAUGAAACACGAUCUACUAUGAUUCUUCCAGCUGCUCGUAUUUUGAAGCAAAAACCCAGUAUUUGGGUGGAAAUUAAUCAUGCAGUGGCUAAAUACAAACCGGUCAAUUUAGGUCAGGGUUUUCCGGACAUUCUUCCAAAACAACAUGUUCUCGAAAGCUUAACCAUGCUUGGAAAACCCGAUGUUAGCCCAUUUCUUCAUCAAUACACUAGAUCUAUGGGUCAUCCGCGUUUAGUAAAUGUAUUAUCUAAACUGUAUACAAGUUUUUUAAGAUGUGAUCGUAAACUGUAUGGUGAAUCUGGGAGUCUUCAAGUAGACUCGUUUGGACCAGACAGAGAAAUUGAUCCUUUAAAAGAAGUUAUUAUUACCGUUGGUGCUUAUGGUUCGCUUUUUACGGCUAUUUCAGCAUUAGUUAAUCCUGAUGAUGAAGUGAUAAUUAUGGAUCCAAGUUUUGACUGUUAUACUCCAAUGACAGUAAUGGCUGGUGGUGUACCGAUUUAUGUACCACUUCGACCGCAAUUAGAUGAUGGUGAAGAAUUAAUCAGUGAUUGUUGGAAAUUAGAUAUCAAAGAAUUGGAAUCGAAAAUUACUUCAAAAACUAAAGUGUUACUAUUAAACACACCACAUAAUCCUUUGGGUAAAGUAUUUAAUAGAGAAGAAUUGGAGAGUAUCGCGGAUGUAUGCAUUCGUCAUAAUUUGGUGUGUAUUUCAGAUGAAGUUUAUGAAUGGUUAGUAUUUCCGCCUAAUCAUCAUAUUAAAAUCGCCUCUUUGCCUGGUAUGUGGUCACGUACCCUGACUAUUGGAAGUGCUGGCAAAACAUUCAGUGUAACCGGUUGGAAAUUAGGUUGGACAAUUGGACCAGCUAAUUUAAUACAGGCUAUGCAAUUGCAUCAACAAAAUACUGUGUAUACAUGUCCAACUCCUUUACAAGAAGCUGUUGCAAGAAGUUUAGAGAUUGAAUUACCAUUAUUGAAUACACAUGAAUCGUAUUUUAAUGAGAUGUGUGCAUUGAUUGAACCGAAAGGUCGAAAUAUGGUUAAAAAAUUGAAUGAAAUAGGAAUGAUAGCAGUAAGACCCACUGGAGGAUAUUUCCUCGUGGCAGAUAUCUCCAAAUUGCAUGUCCCAUCGAAUGAAUUGGAUAAAAAUGACUCAUUAUCGUAUGAUGUCAAAUUUAAUAAUUGGAUGAUGCAAAAUAAAGGUGUUUCUGCUAUUCCAAUGAGUGUGUUUUAUUCAACAUCUAAUCAACAUCUUGGUUCAAAAUAUUUAAGAUUCUGUUUUUUCAAAGAGGAUUCAACAUUGAAUUCGGCAUAUGAAAUUUUGAAGAAAUGGUAA